CGGCGCGGCGCGAUGGAGGAGCUGGACGGCGAGCCCGCGGUCACGUUAAUUCCUGGCGUGAAUUCCAAGAAGAAUCAAAUAUGUUUCGACUGGGGGCCCGGAGAGAUGCUGGUGUGUGAAACCUCCUUCAGGAGAAAAGGCCCCUAGGACUGGCUUUCCUUCUGGGUGUGAUGGGGAUGACGCCUCCUUCUUUACUUCAGAAAAGUCGCCGUUGCCUGGGUGUCCUUUCAUCUACAUCGUCCGGAAGGAUGUCGAGAUUUACUCUCAGAUCUUGAGAAAACUCUUCAACGAAUCCCAUGGAAUUUUUGUGGGCCUCCAGAGGAUUGAAGAUGAACUGACCGGAAAAUCCAGGAAAGCCCAUUUCAGGGGAAGUUUUUUAUCUGGACCUAAAUCUUGACCGUGUGUAACGGGGUCCAAAUGGUGUCGCCUUUUGCCAACCCAGUUGUGGACACACAUAGUGCUCGGGAACUAUUCCUGGCUUCAUGCUCUUGGCUGACCCCGGGUGCUGCCAGGCCUUGAACUUGGUUGACCGCAUGCCAGGUUGGUGCGAGUGAGUAAGAACUACCGAUCCGUCAUAAGAGCAUGCAUGGAGGAAAUGCACCAGGUUGCAACUGCUGCCAAAGACCCCGCCAGUGGCCGCCAGUUCAGCUCUCAGGUCUCCGUUUUGUCGGCCAUGGAGCUCAUCUGGAAUCUGUGCGAGAUUCUCUUUAUUGAGGUCGCCCCAGCGGGGUCCCUCCUCCUGCACCUCCUGGACUGGGUCCGGCUGCACGUGUGCGAGGUGGACACUUUGCUGGCCGACGUGCUGGGCAGCGAGGCUCCAAGCAAGCACGAGCGCUUCUGGGACUUGGUGACCACGCUCGUGCUCCAGGGCCGCCUGGACGAGGCCCGCCAGAUGCUCUCCAAGGAGGCCGAUGCCACCCCCGCCUCCGCGGGCAUGUGCCGCCUCCUGGGGGAGCUGAUGAGGACGAUGCCCAUCCUGAGCCCGGGCAGCACGCAGACCCUCACCGAGCUGGAGCUCAAGUGGCAGCACUGGCGCGAGCAGUGUGAGCGCCGCCUCCAGGACGGCACGUUCGCCGCCAGCCCCCCGCUGGAGACGCUCUGCAAGAUCAUGCUGGGGGACGAGGAGGCCCUGCUGGGGCAGAGGGAGCUGCUCAGCUCCUGGUACCACUUCCUGGUCACCCGCCUCCUCUACUCCCACCCCACGGUCAAGCCCAGCGACCUGCACUUCUACGCCCAGUCUAGCUUUGAUCUCUUCCUGGGCGGAGACAGCAGCCCAGAGGCCCUGGACAACAUCUUGCUGGCGGCCUUCGAGUUCGACAUCCACCAGGUGAUCAAGGAGUGCAGCAUCGCCCUCAGCAAUUGGUGGUUCGUGGCGCACCUGACUGACCUGCUGGACCACUGCAAGCUCCUGCAGUCACACAACCUCUAUUUCGGGUCCAACAUGCGGGAGUUCCUGCUGCUGGAGUACGCGUCCGGGCUGUUCGCUCACCACAGCCUCUGGCAGCUGGGGGUGGAUUACUUCGACCACUGCCCCGAGCUGGGCCGCGCCUCGCUGGAGCUGCACAUCGAGCGGAUCCCGCUGAGCACGGAGCAGAAGGCGCUCAAGGUGCUGCGGGUGUGCGAGCAGCGGCAGAUGACGGAGCAGGUGCGCAGCAUCUGCAAGAUCCUGGCCAUGAAGGCCGUCCGCAACAACCGCCUGGGCUCCGCGCUCUCCUGGAGCAUCCGCGCCAAGGACGCCGCCUUUGCCACGCUCGUGUCCGACAGGUUCCUCAGGGAUUACUGCGAGCGCGGCUGCUUCUCGGAUCUGGAUCUCAUUGACAACCUGGGCCCCGCCAUGAUGCUCAGUGACCGGCUGACGUUCCUGGGGAAGUACCGCGAGUUCCACCGUGUGUACGGGGAGAAGCGUUUCGGCGACGCCGCGUCUCUGCUCCUGUCGCUCAUGACGUCGCAGAUCGCCCCGCGGUCCUUCUGGAUGACGCUCCUCACGGACGCCCUGCCCCUCCUGGAGCAGCAGCAGGUGAUCUUCUCGGCCGAGCAGACGUACGAGCUGAUGCGGUGCCUGGAGGACCUGACGCUGGAGGCGCCGGUGCGCGGGGAGCCCGGGCUCGGGCCGCUGCAGGAUGACGACAUAGAGACCACCAAGGUGGAGAUGCUGAGACUUGCCCUGGCACGGAACCUUGCCCGAGCAAUUAUAAAGGAAGGCUCGUCGGAAGGCUCCUGAGGUCAGCCUGCCUGGAGCUGCUCCCCCAUGGCGGAUUUGUAAGGCAGUGUAUAUAAAAUAAUAAAUAUUUUCUUUUCCAAC